AUGCAAAAGGAAAGAGAAAAACAAAGAGAUGAGUCAUCUGUAUGUAUUUUAUGGCUAAACGAUAGUUGGAAAUUUCUUUUUAUUUUUCAACAUCACACAAAAGCGUUUUCAAUGAAUUCUACCAAUAGGACGAAUGAAGAAUUAUCUCUACAAAAACAUCAAGAUUCGAUAGAUGUUGACGCUGAUGCAGCGUUUGCUUUUGAGCUUCAAGUACAAGAAUUUGCAAAAACUAAUAAUAGUUCAUACAGACAAAUACCACAAAAUAGUGAUGCAUUGCUAGCAGCAUAUUUACAACAAGAAGAAAGUAGAAAAGCACAACAAAACCAGCGAUUAUCACAUCGAACUUAUCAACCUAAUCAAUCGGAACGUCAAUUCACUCCGCGUUCUGUUCAAUUUAGAUCUUCUAAUCAACACAAUGAUCAUGCUAACAAUGAUUUUUCAAAUGUCUUUCGAUCGUUGACUUCCGAAUUUCCAAAUAAUUCCGCUUCUAAUAAUUCACGAGAUUUAGCCAAUGGAUUUUUUGAUAAUACAGAAGAUUCAAAUGUGGAUCAUCAUCAAGAUUCCUAUCAGUCAAAUCUAUCAAUAAGAAGUAAAGCUUUGACUAACGAUCAAAUAAAUCUUUUGCCAACAGAGAGAUUUCGUCUUACAUCAAAUAAAAGUGAUGAACAAAAUAAAUGUGGUGUUUGUUGGGAUCAAUUUCAAGAAAAUGAAACAUUACGCCGAUUAACGUGCCUUCAUAUUUAUCAUAAAUAUUGUAUAGAUCCAUGGUUACAAAGAAAAAACCAAUGUCCAAUCUGUCGAGAGCCACCGAUUAAAUAA